AUGUUACGUCAAACCAUAGCUGGCCUUUCCGCGAGGGCACCGGCGCAGAGACGUCUCCUCUCUGCCUCCUCCGCCGCCGCCAUCGCGGGGCGCCAUUCGCUCCGUACUUCGACGACGACGAUACCGCCGACGACGACGACGACGAAGACAACGCCGCCGCGAUUCCUCUCCUACACACGAACCGCGAACAUACGCACGAGCAGGCGCCGUCAAGCCCUCGUCCCCCCCUCGCCCGCCUCGCUCGGCGCACCGCGCAAGGCACGCACAUAUCCCCGAGGGCGCAAAUGGCUGCGCCGGCUCCUCAUCCUCUCAGCCGUCGGCGGCUCCAUCUACCUUUUCGACCGCCAGGUCUACGCCUCCGGGUUCGGCCGCACCCUCCGCACGUUUGGCAUGGGCCUCCUGGUCGCCCUCGACUACAAGCUCAAUUUCCGCCCGCAGCCGCUGACCGGCGGCUCCGUCCAGGACCUGCAUCGCCGCAACGCCGAGCGUCUGUCAGAGCUGCUGCGGCACAACGGCGGGCUGUACCUCAAGAUCGGCCAGGCCAUCGCCAUGCAGAGCGCCUUGCUGCCGCCCGAGUUCCAGAAGAUGUUUGCGCGCAUGUUUGACGACGCGCCGCAGGACGACUGGUCCGACGCCGAGGCCGUCAUCCGCGAGGACUUUGGCGGCAAGAGCGUCGAGGAGGUGUUCGGCGUCAGCUUCCGCGGGGAGGAGGGCAAGGGCGUCAUGGAGAGGCGCGCGAGGGCGAGCGCCAGCGUCGCGCAGGUGCACUGGGCGCGGCUCGCCGACGGCCGCGAGGUGGCCAUCAAGAUCCAGAAGCGGGAGAUUGCCAAGCAAAUCAGCUGGGACCUGUGGGCCUUCAAGACGGUCACCUGGAUCUACAGCAAGUGGUUCGACCUGCCGUUGUACAGCCUCGUGCCCUUUAUCACGGAGCGGCUCGAGCUCGAGACGGACUUCCUCAAUGAAGCCAAGAACUCGGAGACGAUGCGCGAGCUCAUACGAUCGGAGAAAAGCCUGCGCGGCAGGGUCUACGUGCCCAAGGUGUACGCGGAGCUGUCGACGAAGCGCGUCAUGGUGACGGAGUGGAUCGAGGGCGUCCGGCUGCGGGACAAGCAGGGCAUCAACGGGCGGUGGAUGGGCGGCUACGGCAAGGGGUCCCCCGGCGUCAAGGGCGCGCAGCUCCAGCCGCCCGACCUGGCCGCCGUCCGCCGCGAGCUCCGCGAGCGGCCCCACGCCGAGCAGAUCAAGCCGGAACGCGCCGAGUGGAAAGGCGUGCGCGGGCGCGGCGGCCUGGGCCUGUCGAGCAAGGAGGUCAUGACGACCAUGAUCGACCUCUUCGCGGCGCAGAUCUUCAAGUGGGGGGUGGUGCACUGCGACCCGCACCCGGGCAACAUCUUCAUCCGGCGGCUGCCCAACGGGCGCGCGGAGCUCGUCCUCAUCGACCACGGGCUGUACGUGUACAUGUCGGACGAGUUCCGGCACCAGUACGGCGUGUUCUGGAAGGCUCUCAUGACGUUCGACAACAAGACGAUCGAGCGCAUCACCGGCGAGUGGGGCAUCAAGGCGGCGGACCUCUUUGCGAGCGCGACGCUGCUGCGGCCGUACGAGGGCGGCGACGAGCGGACGGGCAACCGGCUGUUGAAGGAGCUCGAGGGCAAGACGCCCGCCGAGCGGCAAUACGAGAUGCAGCAGCAGAUGAAGCAGGGCAUCCGGGAGAUGCUGGCGGACGAGGAGAAGUGGCCCAAGGAGCUCGUCUUCAUCGGCCGCAACAUGCGCAUCGUGCAGGGCAACAACCAGUACUUCGGCAGCCCCGUCAACCGCGUCAAGAUGAUGGGCGAGUGGGCGAGCCGCAGCCUGUUCCAGGACCCGAACCUGCCGUGGGCGCAGCGCGCGGGCAACGCGUGGCGGCACCUGCUGUUCAAGGGCGUGCUGGCCCUGACGGACGUGGCCUUUUACUUCUUCAAGAUCAGGCAGUGGCUCGGCCUCGGGGGCGGCAUGGAGGACGAGAUGGAGAAGAGGAUGAAGGUCAUGGCGCAGGACUUUGGCGUCGAGCUGCAGCAUGAUGUGUUUGAGGGAUAG